CUACACUGGUGUCUGCCACACUGGUACGUGAUGCGUUGGGUUUGGCCACAUCGAUGCUAACAUCAGAUCAGAUGCCUACACUCUGUCUGGCAAGGACCCAGAGGGUGCUUUCCCCAUCGUCCUUGGACACGAGGGUGCUGGUAUCGUCGAGUCCAUUGGUGAGGGCGUCACCAACGUCAAGGUCGGCGACCAUGUCGUCGCUCUCUAGUACGAGCCCCCACCACAUCCAUCUUGAGACAAACACUAACAGUUCCCAACAGCACCCCUGAGUGCGGAGAGUGCAAGUUCUGCAAGUCUGGCAAGACCAACCUGUGCGGCAAGAUUCGAGCCACCCAGGGUAAGGGCGUGAUGCCUGACGGCACCUCUCGAUUCAGGUGCAAGGGCCAGGAUCUUCUCCACUUCAUGGGAACCUCCACCUUCUCCCAGUACACUGUCGUCGCCGACAUCUCGGUCGUUACCAUUGAGCAUGAUGCUCCCUUCGACCGAACCUGCCUGCUCGGUUGCGGUAUCACCACCGGCUACGGUGCUGCCCGUGUCACCGCCAAGGUUGAGGAGGGCUCCAACAUUGCCGUCUUCGGUGCCGGCUGUGUCGGUCUGUCUGUCGUCCAGGGUGCCGUCAUCAACAAGGCUGGCAAGAUCAUUGUUGUGGACGUCAACCCUGACAAGAAGGCUUGGGCCGAGAAGUUUGGUGCCACUGACUUCGUGAACCCUCUCGAGCUCAAGGGACAAACUAUUGUCGAGAAGCUCGUUGAGAUGACCGAUGGCGGUUGCGACUACACCUUCGACUGCACUGGCAACGUCGGUGUCAUGCGCGCUGCUCUGGAGGCUUGCCACAAGGGUUGGGGUGAGAGCAUUGUCAUUGGUGUUGCUGCUGCUGGCCAGGAGAUUUCCACCCGACCAUUCCAGCUCGUCACCGGUCGUGUCUGGAGAGGUUGCGCCUUUGGUGGUAUCAAGGGCCGCUCUCAGCUGAACGAGCUCGUCGCCGACUACAAGCGGGGUGCUCUCAAGGUCGACGAGUUCAUCACCCACCGCAAGACUUUGGGUGAGAUGAACAACGCCUUCGAUACCAUGAAGCAGGGAGACUGCAUCCGUGCGGUUGUUGACAUGCGGACUUUGUAAGUCGGCUUAAAAAUUAAAUAGUAAAAAAGAAUGUCAAGUCCAAUAAUCAAUCGGAUAGGGAGUUGACCCCAUCAAAAUUGUAACCGGGGCGCCUUUCUAUAUGUGCGACAAUACCAACAACCUUGAUGGCCAGUUCCGAACUAACAAUGCAGCCCACCCAACAAAGCCACGGCACGCGUUAUGGAGGAUAAUUGUAUUAUAUUUGCGCCAUCUGAGCAGCAGGUCCACUCACGCUGGGUCUAUAGGGUAGUUCCACCGAACCUACCCUAUACUGGAAAUCAAAAGGGCUACAUAAUCAUGGGAUCUCGUAUAUAGCGAAUAAACUCAUGUUAAAUUACUAAA